GCUCAUUGGGCAGCACUUUUUUAUUCAUUUUGCCACGUAGAAAAAAAAGAGGACAUCACGCAUCUUUGCCGAUCAGUCUCUUUAGGUCAGCCAUGUUUAAAGCUUGAAAACUACAACUGUCAGUAUUGUUCAGAUCUAAGAUUUCAGAUGAAUCCUUUGAUCGAUCCGCUGGCCAGUUCAAGUGCUUCGACUCACUGCUCGGCCUGUGGAGCCAGCCGGGACACAUACAAAGGAAAAUUUCUAACCGUUCCCGUCGAACCGGAAGCUCGCCAAGAAUGGCUUGUCCGCAUUGGGGUCAUUAAACCAAACGAUCCAGUUCCGGCAUCGAAGCGCUUUUAUGUUUGCGAUAACCAUUUUGAUCUAAAACUUGACUUCUGCUACUACAUUGGGAGAACUCGACUCCGCCCAGGAAUCCUGCCAUGGCGAAACCUCAGAACCGGUACCUUCAGCUACCAUGGUUACGAAAUCGAAAAACCUGCGCCUUGUGAGUGCAAAUGUUGCAAACACAAUAACGCGGCCACUACCCUUGACCAUCGUCUGGUCACCACCCAAACGGAUGACGUAGAAACGGAACCGCUAGAGGAGCAGGAUUCUGCCUUACCACCGUGGGGUAAACCACAGUGCCGCAUGUGUCUCCAAGAGACGCCGGAUUUCAACCUAAUACGAAUGUUCUGUAGCGAAAGCCGGCAACCCGUAUACGCAAGCCUCAUGGAGAAGAUUUAUGUUACCGUGGGGCUAUUGCUCAACGCCAAUCAGGAAGAGGAUUCUUGUAUCUGUUGCGAUUGCUUGCAACAAGUCGAACAAGCCUAUCAGUUUCGGCUACAGACGAGAACUAACAAUCGGUUGUUCAUGGCGAGUAAUACGACGAAGAAGCAAACCGGAAAGAGAAAGUACAAACGCAAGUUGGUAGAAAUAGAGCAUAUAUUCCUGAAUUCCAACGAACACAAAGAGAAGGAUGUUAAAUAUGAUCCACAAACCCUACAAUCAGACAUUAUUGGUGGGAGAGUUAAGCUAGAGCCAAAGAGAGAGAUAGAAUAACUCGACUAUUUACCAGAUUUAUUUCUUAAAUGUUAACUGGAUACUUCCAUCAGCAUUUUCAGAUUGAACUGAAAACUCUGAUUUGAAUUGAUAACCACGAAAAAUGUAUUUCUAGAUCAGUAAGUACAUAAAAAUGUGAUCAUCAUGUGACAGUGCGAAGAGGGGUUUUGCCAUUCUCUUGUGACUAAACCAGAUUGUCGUGGGUUCUUUAAUUAUUGUCGCAUAAUAAGCAUAUUAACGCAA